CCAGCACUGGGUUCUUUAUCGAUGUCUGGGAACUAUCGAUGCAGAUGGCGUGAUCAUAUCUCUAGCGACGAAUUGUAUGAGAUUUUUAUGUCAAACGAUGCUGAUAACGAAUUAGUAUUCGAUGUGGGUUGAGACAUGGCUUUAAAUUGCAUUUCGGCAUGAUUGCACCAGCACAACGAGUUCGACUGUGGACCAGACUAUCGACACAACAGACACGAUAAGUGUUGGAAUCCGUGUUUAUCGGUGCCGCGCGGUAACACACAUCUCUAAAUAAAAGAAAGUAAUGAGCCGCGAAAACAAAUUGUUUGGCGAUAAAGCCUUCGAAUUGCUGAAGGACCUGGAAAGGUCCUCCCAAACCAUUCCCGCUUUUGAUGACGACGGAGUGCGCCAAGUACUUGAGGAGAUAAAGGCUAUUUUCGAGGAGAACGUCGCUCAGGCUUCCAGCUACAACAGCUCUGGCGAUCGGAGUUUGUGGCCGCUGCUAAAUUAUAGGCAUGCGGCGUUGCAGCGGAACAAACGUUGUUUACUGGCUUACUUGUACGAGCGCAGUAAACGCAUCAAAGCGUUACGCUGGGAAUUCGGACCAAUUAUUCCUGGUGAUAUUAAGCAGGCCCUGUGCGAGCCCGAGGUUCAGUUUUUCAACAACUACUCCAAGUCUUUGGCGGCCUACAUGUGCAUCGCUGGCUGCAGCCAAGGGCAGGGCAUCGAUCUGACAAAUAAUCUACGGCCUCCCAAAUCUCUGUACAUUGAGGUGCGCUGCAUGGAGGACUAUGGAAAAUUUGAAUUGGAUGAUGGAGAGCUAAUCCAUUUGAAGAAGAACAGUCAGCACUAUUUGCCGCGGGCCCAGGUGGAGUCUCUUGUGCGGCAGGGCAUAUUGCAGCACAUAGCUUAACGAUCCGUGUAUAUCUUACUUCCGAUAUUUCCUGUCGAUUAAUCGUGUAACUGGUGUGGAAAC